CACCAGCUCUGGCUACGAUGCUCUGAGUUGCAGUAAGUCUGAACGUCUGCUGUCUAUGAAACAGCUCUGACCCUUAGAGCCUGCUUAUGGGGGAAGGUGACGCCAUCUGGGCCCCAUCUGUCCUUCCUUAUAGCACCCUCAGCACGUUAAGCCACCACCCCCAGCCGCAUUUUGGGAGAAAGAUGGAGUCCAAGGUCUCAGAAGGUGGCCUGAACGUGACCCUGACUAUCCGCCUGCUGAUGCAUGGAAAGGAAGUUGGAAGCAUCAUUGGGAAGAAAGGAGAGACUGUGAAGAAGAUGCGGGAGGAGAGUGGUGCGAGGAUCAACAUCUCAGAAGGAAACUGCCCAGAGAGAAUCGUGACCAUCACGGGCCCAACGGAUGCCAUCUUCAAGGCCUUUGCCAUGAUCGCGUAUAAGUUUGAGGAGGACAUUAUCAACUCCAUGAGCAACAGCCCUGCCACCAGCAAGCCCCCAGUGACACUGAGGCUGGUGGUGCCCGCCAGCCAGUGUGGGUCCCUGAUUGGCAAAGGUGGCUCCAAGAUCAAGGAGAUCAGGGAGUCCACAGGUGCCCAGGUCCAGGUGGCCGGGGAUAUGUUACCCAACUCCACAGAGCGGGCGGUGACCAUCUCGGGGACCCCAGACGCCAUCAUCCAGUGCGUCAAGCAGAUCUGUGUAGUCAUGCUGGAGUCCCCACCGAAAGGUGCCACCAUUCCCUACCGCCCAAAGCCCGCCUCCACCCCUGUCAUUUUUGCAGGUGGUCAGGUAAGAGCCGACCCGCUCGCGGCCUCCACUGCCAACCUCAGCCUUUUACUGCAGCACCCGCCGCUGCCCGCCUACACAAUCCAGGGACAGUACGCCAUCCCCCACCCGGAUUUGACCAAGCUCCACCAGUUGGCCAUGCAGCAAACCCCCUUUCCUCCCCUCGGACAGACCAACCCCGCUUUCCCCGGAGAAAAGCUGCCUUUACACUCCUCCGAAGAAGCUCAAAAUCUGAUGGGCCAGUCGUCAGGUCUGGACGCCAGCCCCCCGGCCAGCACUCACGAGCUCACCAUUCCCAAUGAUCUAAUAGGCUGCAUAAUUGGACGCCAAGGGACCAAAAUCAAUGAAAUUCGACAGAUGUCUGGAGCUCAGAUCAAAAUUGCUAACGCCACUGAAGGAUCAUCAGAGCGUCAGAUCACCAUCACGGGGACCCCAGCCAACAUCAGCCUUGCCCAGUAUCUUAUCAAUGCCAGGCUGACGUCCGAGGUCACCGGGAUGGGCGCGCUCUAAUCCUGCCAGCACCCGCUCAAGCCGGCCAGCCCUGGCUCGUACACUCUGUACAGACCGCCUGCCCUUCCUCGCAAAUAUCGAUAGAGAGGAUUUUCUUUACUAACAAAAUGCCAUAUGCUGUAGAUAUAUGUGUACACACACAGCGAAGCAGAUCUCUAUCUAUAUCUACAUGUAUGCUCCAGGCUCUGUCCCUGAUUUUGCUCUUUAAAUAUUAAUUUAUGCUCCAAUCUGUUCAUGCAUUGGCAUGCAGUGUCUACUAUUUUAAAUGCUCUGGGGGUGUUCCCAUCUGUGACAUUUUAGAAACAUUGUUCCUUAGUCAGUGUAACUGUCUGUUUUAGGAGUUGGUUUGACAUUUUGACAGCAUUUCCUGUAAACUGUCCCUGCUCUGCCAUCUGGAGCUAGUUGUUCUGAGACUCCUCCUCUCUCAGAUGCCCUGUCGUGCUGACUCAGUUUCCCCUCAGGGCCUGCCCUCUGGGCUCACAUUCCACCUGUGGUCCUGUCUUGGAAUCUGGGUGUGCCUUUACUGCCACCUAUGGGGAGUGCCAGGGAUGAGGGACUUGAGGAUGUCAGGGUCCUGAGAGGGUGCCAUGGGCCCUGACUUCUCCGAGACACCACGUGCUGGGGGGACACUCAUGGGCCCCGGUGUCUUCCAGGGUGGCCAGAGGGCAUGGACCUGCCAGGAAGCCCUUCUGCACCGUCAGAGUUCAAUAAAUGUCAUGUACUUCCCCCCAA